AAUGCCUUUAACUGUGACGAAGCACUUUUUAAAUUAAGCCAUUUGUGGGCGAUUUGCCAGGUUGUGUUUCACUCUGAUCUUGCCAGUGUGGACCUAACCAGUGAGGAAGCGCCUGACCCCGUCGGCUCUAGAAGCGGCUCAGCUGGACCCCCCCAGCAGGAAGACGGCAGCAUGUUCUCUCUCGUCACCUGGAACGUGGAUGGGCUGGAUCUGAACAACCUGUUGGAGCGGGCUCAAGGGGUGUGUGCCGCCCUGGAGCUGUACAGCCCGGAUGUGAUAUUUCUGCAGGAAGUUAUUCCCCCAUAUUACAGCUUGCUAAAGAAGAGAGCACGUAGUUAUGAGAUUAUUACAGGUCGUGACGACGGGUAUUUCACAGCCAUAAUGUUGAAGAAAUCAAGAGUGAAAUUGAAAAGCCAAGAGAUUAUCCCCUUUCCAAAUACACAAAUGAUGAGAAACCUUUUGUGUGUGCAUGCGAGCGUGUCGGGAAACGAGCUGUGCCUCAUGACGUCCCACCUGGAGAGCACCCGGGGGCACGCGAAGGAGCGCGCGAAUCAGUUUAAAAUGGUUCUAAAGAAGAUGCAGGAGGCUCCCGAGUCGGCCACCGUCAUAUUUGCAGGAGACACAAACUUAAGGGAUUACGAGGUUACCAAAUGCGGUGGUUUACCCGGCAACAUCUCAGAUGUCUGGGAGUUGUUGGGCAAACCUAAGCACUGCCAGUACACGUGGGACACACAGAUGAACUCCAACCUUGGCAUCCGUGCCACCUGUAAGCUUCGCUUUGAUCGGAUAUUUUUCCGAGCAGCGGCAGGAGGCGGCCACAUCAUUCCCCAGAGUUUGGAUCUCCUUGGGCUGGAGAAACUGGAGUGUGGCCGGUUUCCCAGCGAUCACUGGGGCCUUCUGUGCACCUUGGACGUCAUAUUGUGAAGAGCUUUUCAAGUAGAAGUCACAUGUUCUGAGUAGUUUUGUGCUGGAGAUUUGCACAUAGAAUUCCUGCCAUCUGGAAAGUCAGGGUUCAUAUGGAAGGAAUAUAUUGGACUACCAGAAGGGAAGGAAAAUCUGAUUCUAUUUUGUGUUUUGAGUAUUAAUGUUUAUUUCGAGGGAAUAUCUGUGUUCAGAAUAUGAGGUCUCCUGGUGAGAGUACAUGAAGGCUGUCAGCUGUCAGUAGUGCUGAGAGCUGCUGCUAGAUUGCACUGCCUCUGGGCCAGCCUUUAUCGUUGAUUUAUUGUAGGAAUCGGGAACCAAAGUAGUGAAUGUUUAGGUGAGUCUUC